AUGGGCGCCAAGACCGAAACCGAGUUGGCGGUUGGAGCUGAGUUGGCAGCUAUGCUGCCGGCAGAUGCAAAGCCGUGGUAUCGAACUAAGCAUCUCGUCCUCCUGAACCUCACCUUGUUGGUGCCUCUGUUGUCCGCCGCCAGUAUCGGCUUCGAUGGCAAGUCAACCCCUGACGAUGUGCCCGAACGCGAUCGAAAUCUAACUAAUGAAUCCACAGGCGCUAUGAUGAACGGACUUCAGACACUUGGGCAAUGGCGUGCGUACUUCGAUAACCCGUCGGCACCGCUUCUCGGGGCAAUGAACGCCAUCUUCCCCGUCGGCAAAAUCCUCGGCCUGUUCCCGGCGACAUGGAUAUGCGAUCGAUACGGGAGGAAAUUGUCCAUGUGGAUUGGGCUCUUCUUCCUGAUAGGCGCUGCUGGACUGCAGGCGGGAAGUGUCAAUCUCGCCAUGUUCCUCGUCUCCCGACUCAUCCUCGGAGCCGCUACAGCUCUCGUCGCACAACCUGCCCCGAUUCUGGUCGCAGAGCUUGCAUACCCUACUCUCCGAGCCAAAGCGACGGGAAUGUAUCAGACCUUCUUUUAUGUGGGCGCUAUCUUCGCCGCGUGGUCAACUUAUGGAACCUUCCGUCUGGACAAUUCCUGGAGUUGGAGGAUUCCCUCUCUUCUGCAGGCCUUUCUUCCACUUCUACAGCUCCUGUUCUUUAUUUUUGUCCCCGAGUCUCCAAGAUGGCUUGUUGCAAAUGGCAAACAGAGCCAAGCGCGUGAGAUUUUGGUCCGUUGGCAUGCAGGCGGCGAUCAAGAGUCCCCUCUCGUAGAUUACGAGAUCGAGCAGAUCGAGCAGAGCAUCCAGCAGCAGGCUACCGUGCAGUCAGAGACGAGUUACCUCGACCUCAUCCGUACACCAGCAAACCGGAAACGAACCCUCAUCGCGGCCAUUGUCGGCUUCUUUGCCCAGUGGAACGGCGCGGCUGUUGUGUCAUACUAUCUCACGCUCGUGCUCAACACCAUCGGCAUUACCAAAACCUCGGAUCAGACCCUCAUCAAUGGCCUGCUUCAGGUCUUCAACUGGCUUGCCGCUGUUUUUGCUGGUGCUCUCAUGAUCGACAGACUUGGUCGCCGCACGCUGUUUCUCACAUCGGUGGCGGGCAUGCUUGUCUGCUACAUCAUCUGGACGGCGCUCACGGCCUACUUCACAGCCACACUCAACACUACUGCAGGAAACGCCGUCGUGGCCUUUAUCUUUAUUUACUAUUUCUUCUACGAUAUUGCCUGGGCGCCCCUGCUUCUGGCAUACCCGGUUGAGAUCUUUGACUAUCGCCUGCGCGCUCGUGGCGUUACAGUGACGUACGCAUCGACUUUCAUCGGACUGAUCAUCAGCCAGCUCGUCAACCCAGUGGCGAUGAAGGCCAUCGGCUGGAAGUUUUAUAUCGUCUUUUGCUGUAUUCUGUCAGUGCUGUUCGUAGUCAUCUACUUCUUGUUCCCGGAAACCAAGGGGCGUUCCUUGGAGCAAGUCGCGGAAAUCUUCGAUGGGAAGAUUGACAGCCUGGACGACAAGACCAAGGACGGCAAGACCGAUGUGGUUGAGAUAGAGAAGAGACUGGGUUAG